AUGAGGCUCGCUGCCUAUGCUGGAACGUCUGCGCUGGUGGCAGCCGGUGCUCUACUGAAGGCUUUCCACCAGCGGCCCAAUUUCUAUUCGGCCACCGUCUACCUGUCGCAGAGCAAUGCCUGUGUCCUUAUCCUCACCAACCUCGCUCUGGUCACCGCCUGCAGCUUCAUCUACGGUCUUCAACGUCUCUUCUAUGGCCCCCUUCGUCCUAUUGAAAUCGAGCAUCUCUCCGAAAAGGCCUGGUAUGCCGUCCUCGACACUCUCUUGGCUAUGCCCUCGCUGAGGGACGAGGUUGGAGGAUGGAUGCUCGCCGUCUUUGUUCUUCUGCUGGCGGGUAAGGUCUGGAGCUGGAUUGGUGAAGGCCGCGUCGAUAUUCUCGAACAACAACCUCCACAAAACCCACGUCUCUUCCAUGCACGACUUGCCUCGUCGCUACUCGUAUCCACCGCAUUCAGCGCCGCCAUGCUGAGAUACUGUAUCGCUACUGUCAAAGACGACCCCCGCCCUGGCAUGAUGGUCAUCUUCACCUUUGAAUUCGCCAUUCUUUUGAUCUUCUCCUUAUUCACCCUCCUACGUUAUGUGCUGGCUUUGACAGAAGCACGUGUGCUGAAGCUACAAACAAAAGCCAAGAUGGACGAGAGGCGAGCAGAGAUUCGAGCAGAAAGAGAACGUUUGGAGCGGCAGCGUGAGGAGUCGACCGAUCCCCAGAGUCUACCUCCUCUGCCCAGCGAAGAAGAUGUGGAUGAGAACGAGAUUGAUGUCCCAGGUUGGGAAGAAAAGCGUCGGUGGUUGUUUGGCCUCGAGCUUGCCACAGACUUCAUCAAGCUCAUCGUCUACACUGUCUUUUUCGGCAUCUCAUUGACCUUCAUGGGACUGCCCAUGCAUAUUAUUCGCGACGUCUAUCUGACUUUUGCAUCCUUCGUCAAGCGUGUCCAGGACUACAACAACUAUCGCAAGGCCACUCAAAACAUGAACAGCCGAUACCCUGAUGCCACCAGCGAAGAGCUAACCAACGACAACACUUGCAUUGUGUGCAGAGAGGUCAUGGUGCCUUGGGGCCAACCCGAUGCUGCAGGACAGGCCCGCAGACCCAGUCUCAUCAAUGAGGGUAUGCGUGCAAAGAAGUUGCCAUGCGGUCACAUUCUGCAUCUACGCUGCCUUAAGGCAUGGCUCGAGCGACAGCAGGCCUGUCCAACC